GUCACAUAAUGAAAUAAUAUCACUCUAAUAGUUUGAGACGCAUUUUGUGGACAUUUUAAUUUGAAUUACUUACAUUCCACACAUGCAAUUUUUUAGGUAAUAUCUAAGUGCCCGCGUAUCAUCCAUCACCCUCCGCCGGAGUAUCAAAGUUCUCUUUUUUUAAUUUUAGUGUUGGCCACUUUAUUCUUCCUUUUCUUCCCAAUCCUUUUUCUAUUUCUCCCAUGCUCUCUCCACUCUCCUUGUGUGCAUGUCCAUCCUACCAUUGCAAUCUCUUCCCUUCAGUCUUUCCAUUCAAACAUCCAAACAUGCCAAAAACAAGAAAUCCAGUUCCCCCACUUUCUCUCUUCUUUCUUCAGUUAUUUUUUAGUAUUUCUUCUUCCCUGAACACAUGUACUCCCUGUGGUUCCUUGGAAGUCCCAUACCCUCUAAGCACCAGCCCUGGCUGCGGCGACCCCAACUUCCGCCUACGUUGCAACAUCUCGGAAGGAAAUCUAUACUUCGACGCUCUCAAUUCGAGCUCCUACCGCGUGCUCGCCAUCCAAGCUUCGGCACAGCACAUGGUGGUGCAACCAUCGCCGUGGCUACCCGGGUCAUGCGUCACCCAAGACAUGCCCAAGAGCGAGGGGCUCUGGUUAAACCAGUCUCUCCCUUUCAACGUCACAGCGUCAAACACCAUCUUUCUCUUCAACUGCUCGCCCCGUAUCCUAGUCUCGCCCCUCAACUGCACCCCCUCCAGCCUCUGCCAUCGGUACCUAGAGCGCUCGGGCCGGGUGGACCCACACCGUGUAUCCCAGUGUACGAGCGGCCUGUCGCCAUGUUGCACAUUUGUUGCGGGCGGCAUGCCCUCGGCUUACAAGAUAAGACUCCACAACUCCGGCUGCCGAGCCUUCAGAAGCAUUCUCCACAUUGAUCUUGAGAAGCCCGCUAGCGAGUGGGAAGAAGGAUUGGAAAUUCAAUGGGCUUCUCCACCAGAGCCCGUCUGCCAAACCCAACUGGAUUGCUCCAGGACUUCGACUUGUUCGACGACUAAGCUAGGCCUUCGACGGUGCCUCUGCAAUAGGGGCUACCACUGGGACCAUGCAAUGGGAAUCUGCUCAAGAGAUGAUCCUCACCGCUCAUUAUCCCCCAUGGCCCGCCUUGGUUUAGAGGCUGCCAUGGGAGCGCUGGCCUUGUUCAUGAUCUUGAUGGCGGCAGCGGCCAUCACGGUAAGAAAAUCCAGGAAAUUCUCUGGCACAGCGGGGCUUGCUAAAGUAAGGGAAGACAUGUUGAAGGCGAGCACUGGCGGGAAAUCUGCUCCGAUGUUCAGGUUGAAAGAGCUGAAGAAGGCGACAGAUGGGUUCUCUAAAGAGAGGAUGCUGGGGAGCGGUGGGUUCGGAGAGGUUUACAAAGGAGUGCUUGAAGAUGGUUCGCUGGUGGCCGUUAAAUCUGCCAAGGUGGGCAACAUCAAGAGCAACCAACAAGUUCUCAACGAAGUCGGCAUCCUAUCUCAGGUCAAUCACAAGAACCUGGUUAGACUCUUGGGCUGCUGCGUUGAAGCCGAUCCGCCAUUGUUGGUGUACGAAUACAUAUCCAACGGCACACUCCAUAACCAUCUUCGUAGAAGUGUUGUGCCCACCUUCUUGGGUUGGAAGAUGAGGCUGAACAUUGCUCUACAAACGGCUGAGGCAUUGGCCUACCUACACUCAUCAGCUCACACUCCAAUCUACCAUAGGGACGUGAAGUCCACCAACAUCCUCCUCGAUGACGAGCUCAACGCCAAGGUGGCGGAUUUCGGGCUGUCAAGAUUGGCCCGUCCGGGCCUCAGCCAUGUAUCGACGUGCGCCCAAGGCACCUUGGGAUACCUCGACCCCGAAUAUUACCGGAAUUACCAGCUCACUGACAAGAGCGAUGUGUACAGCUAUGGGGUCGUGCUGCUCGAGCUCCUCACCUCGCAGCGGGCAAUCGAUUUCUCUAGACAUCCUGAUGAUGUGAACCUUGCCGUGUUCGUGACACAGCGGGCCCGUGAGGGCAGGGUCAUGGAUGUGGUGGAUCGUCGGUUGCUCACUGACGAGCCUCUUGUCGUGGUGGUGAGGAGCGUCGAGCUCUUCGCUGAGCUGGCUCUGGCAUGCCUGAGGGAGAAGAAGGGGGAGAGGCCGAGUAUGAAAGAGGUGGUGCAAGAGCUGCAGUAUAUAAUAGAAACAGUAGCACAUGGAGAGGUUGCUGGCAAGGAAGGUGGUGGGCUUAUUAGUGUAAUGUAAAAGACAUGCACCUCUACGUGCGGCCACACGUAGCAAGAUGGUAUGUAUGUGAAUAAUCUGAGCGUGCUUAAGGUGGGUCCUGACGGUUAGAUGACAUUGUCCACACUCAUCAGCACUGUCACACGUGUAUGAUGGACGUGGACUGUUACUAGCUUUUCUUAAAGGUGUCCAUAUCUUCGUGUCCA